AUGAAUACGGACCGCUAUCUCCAGAUGCCUGAAUAUGACGUGUGGCCCACGGUGCCUGGCCGGGAUAACAUUGGUGACGUGAUAUUUAUGCAGGAUGAUGCACCUCCCCAUUUUGCUCUCACUGUGCGUUACACAAAAGAGGAGGUGUAUAAGACAAAGCCCCGCACACUGGAGGACUUAGAGACACGGAUUCAGGAGGUUCUCAAUGAUAUCCCAGAUGACGUCCUUCAGAAGAUUCUUCAUUCCAUCCUUGACCGUUUAAGGUACGGCAACAAAAGUCGCCGGUACAUAUCUUCUGCGGGACACCAUGAAUACGGACCGCUAUCGUCAAAUGCUCGAAAAUUACUUGUGCCCGAAUAUUACGUGUGGCCCACGGUGCCUGGCCGGGAUAACAUUGGUGACCAGAUAUUCAUGCAGGACGGUGCACCUCACAAUUUUGCUCUUACUGUGCGUGCGGGGUUAAACCAACAUUUUCCAGAACGUUGGACGGAACCACGUGGACCUCAUAAAUGUCCGCCUAGAAGUUCAGAUCUCAAUUCAUUUCCUUUUUUCCUGUGGGGUUACACAAAAGAGGAGGUGUAUAAGACAAAACCCCGCACACUGGAGGACUUAGAGACACGGAUACAGGAGGUUCUCAAUGAUAUCCCAGAUGACGCCUUUCAGAAGGUUCUUCUUUCCAUUCUUGACCGUUUUAUGUCACUAGUGCUUCCGUAG